UUUGUUAUCCAACUACCAACUCGAAUCGUCCCAACUCUUACCAGCUCGAACUCGAUCGGCCCAGUCGAGCGCUUGCACGUCAAUCGUUCUCUAUUUUCUCCAAAAGAGCGUCUCUUGCGGCCACCCACAUGAAGCCUAACCGCAGGGCGCAUAGUGGUAAUUCGAUGCAUUAGCUGUAUCAGUCUCUAAUUUGCAACAAAUUAGUUCCGCGCGUGGUGUAUGUGGCGGGGACAAGUUUCAGGCGUGCCGAUAGCGGCGAUCCCACGUCACACGUGCGAAAACGGUGUACAAGCACGAUUAAGUUUGCUGCUCGAGCACACGUUUCGCGUGCUAAGUUAUGCUUUGUUGCAAAAGUUAAUCUGAUAGAUGAACCAACUGCUGCUGUUUGACAUAAGAAUGUGUGGCACGUGCGAAGGUCGGUGGCCUUUGCAAUCAAAUCAUAUCGAUGACUUAGUCGGGUAACUCGAUCAUUCGCGCGGCCUAAUUGUCAAUCUCCAUUGUAUUACGACGUCCGUGAUAUGAGCUCGUCGGACUCUGCCCCUGCGGCACGCUGUUCCCGCGAUCUUUUAGGAAGGCAUGUAGAUUAGAACGCUUAAUGAUUUUCGAGUUGAAGUGACAGUCAGGAUCUUGAUCGAUCAGCUGGUAAACAUCAUAAUCAGAGACGUGCUAAAGAGCUGUUGCGGGAUAUGUUUAGCGGUUCAGUGUGGGUGGUGGCGCACGGAAUCCUUUGAUCUGAUCUGGGCGGAGUCAAUUAAGCAAGUGCUACAUACAAAGCCUCUCAGCUCGUUCGCUCAUUGCAUUUGCGAGAAGCCCGUGCAGAGAAAGCAGUUGCUGUGUCAAGCUAACAGAUCCGUUGUCUUAGUUCUGCACUGACUUGUGAUCGCGAGAUGUCUUAUCCAAUGAGCAGUGCCAACGUCAUGUACGGUCCACGAGACUAUUGCCGAGGAGAAGAGAGUUCAGCGUUGGCACUGACGAUGUUGCACGGUCAACAGGGUGUUGCCGGUUACCCCUACGCGCCACACAUUGCAAGUCCUCAAGUGUACGGUGCCACUGUUCCAAGUCCCAUCCAAGACACGGGAGACACGAAAAGCAAGAGUAGGAAGUUAAACCGUCGCGCCAAGCCGCCGUACUCUUACAUAGCACUCAUCACUAUGGCCAUACAGAGCUCGCCAGACAAGAAAAUGACUCUCAGUCAGAUCUACUCUUUCAUCAUGGAACGGUUUCCUUACUACAGAGAGAACAAGCAGGGCUGGCAGAACUCGAUCAGACACAAUCUCAGUCUCAACGAAUGCUUCGUCAAGGUUGCUCGAGAGCCUGGCAAACCAGGCAAAGGAAACUACUGGGCUCUUGAUGCGAACUGCAUGGACAUGUUCGAAAACGGAAGUUACCGACGACGUCGCAAACGUUUCAAGCGCGAUCCCGGUCAGAAGCCAUGUCCGGCAGUAAACAAGUCCGAUUCUCCCAAUACCACCUUAGCUACACCUGUAAGUGAUAAUAGAUCUACGGUUAUAUCGGCCGGACCGGGAUUCGAGACGAAAGGUCUGAAUUCUUGCGAUCAGCUGGCUGCGCUCGCACCGCAACCGCUUUCGCCACUAAAUCCGAGCGCGUCCUGUCCGACGAUGAACACGAUGAACCCGUUCCCGGUCGACAGAAUGGUCGGUCCACCAGAUUCCUACAUGACUCCACCAUAUCACGGUCAGUAUGGGCACAGUCGCAUCAUCGGCUCACUCGGGCCGGGCUACAUGUCUACCGACUAUGGAAUCGGGACUCCGGCUCUGACGCCAGCCAGUGACCUGUCUAGUACGGGAAGCAACAGUCCACCUAGUUCGGGCGUCAUCAGACAACCAUCAUUUUUUCAGAGACCGUGGGGAGACGAGUCGUACUAUCAGCAUCGCUAUCCGGAAGUACAUCAUGCUGUAACACAGCGUUCUUGCGUCCCGCCCGAGACAGGAACGCAGAGAGACGCAGAGCCAAAAAACGAAAUGAUGAAACCGCCUUUCUCGAGUGCGUUUUUACCGGAGAGCAGCAUUUGUGUUCCCAGUCUUCCUGCUAUUAGUCAAGUGAUGCACUCAAGAAUGCCAGACGGAUGCUAUGGGAAUAAACACACCAUGAAAAGCAGUCCCAUGGCGUCACCAACAUCAACCGUUGCAUACAGCCCUGCCUAUGGACAUCCAACAGGAUACCAAUUCUGAAGUAAUUGACUGUUUGUAGCUCAGUUGUAGUUACAGUACAAACUAUAUGUAGAGGGAUGAUGGUCUUCAAGAGAACUUGACUUUGAACAUUGACAGAUUUUGUCCAUUGUUAGUAGAUAAUGUAAUGCUUAGAAUGAGCAAUAGUGAAACUAUAGUGCUAUUAGUAGUUACCUAAGUAGUUUGGAAAGUAGUGUUUUUAAUCCAAUAGAGUUUGUAUAGUCUAGUAUAAAGAUAUUGCUAUUCUACGUGACAUGCUGACAUAUUUAUAAGAGAAUUUUUAUCAUUGGUGAAGCAGUUGUACAUGUAGAAAUACAAGCAAAGUUUAUGAA